AUGUGCGGCAUCACAGCCAGCAUUGCCCUCCCGCGAGGCAGGCUUGAUUCAGAGCCUGCCGUCGCCAAACAAACUCCUCCAGCAAACAAUUCAGCUCAGACAAAUGGCUCAACGUUCUCGGCUGGUCCCAUUGAAAAGCAACUUCGGUCCUCCAUCGAUAUCCUGAAUCAUCGUGGCCCAGAUGAAGCCGGAGUCUGGAUCAGCCAAGACAGCAGCAUUGCCCUUGGUCACUGCCGCUUAUCCAUCAACGACCUUUCUCCCAGCGGCUCCCAACCCCUUGUCAGUGAUGAUGGAAGCAUCCAUGCUGUCGUAAACGGGGAGAUCUACGACCAAGAUAGACUGUGGGAGGAGUGUCGCGAGCAGCAUGGCUACCAAUUUCGAGGAGAAAGCGACAGUGAACUCGUGGUAGCCUUGUACAAGAUCCACGGCGCUCCUCAUUUCUUCAAGUACUUGCGGGGAGAAUUUGCAUUCGUCUUGUAUGAUCGUCGUGAGGGGAAAAGAAGAGUGAUCGCUGCUCGCGAUCGGUUCGGUAUCAAGCCGUUGGUGUGGACUGUGUCGAACGAUCGACUCUUGAUCGCCUCAGAGGCCAAGGCUUUUUUGCCUCUGGGAUGGAAGGCCGAGUGGGACGUUGAUGCUAUCGUCAGCGGUGGGUGGAUGCUUGACGACAGGACCCUCUUCAAGGGAGUCCACAAGGUCCUUCCUGGGCAUUGGCUUCAGGUGACAGAGGAGAAGGGGAUCGAAGAUCAAGUAUACUGGGACGCUGAGUAUGAAGAUAAGACAAGGCCGCUUGAAGAGAUGGUCGAAGGUGUUCGUGAAAGGCUGGUCGAUUCGAUUCGUCUUAGGCUGCGCGCUGAUGUCCCAGUUGGCAUUUACCUGUCUGGUGGCAUCGACUCGUCAGCUGUCGCUGGUAUCGUUACCCACCUGGCAAAGACGGAGCAUGUAAAAAUUGGAGACCGUGAACCAACCACUCCAGUCACCUGCUUCAGUGUUCGAUUCCCAGAAGAAUCCGGUUAUGACGAGUCCAGUAUCGCAGAAAGAACAGCAAAAUGGCUUGGGGUUGAAACCAUCAAAGUCGAUGUCAACGAGGCACGUCUGGCAAGCGACUUUUCCGACACCGUGUGGCAUUGCGAGCAUCACCACUUCGACCUCAACACUGUGGCCAAGUUUGCUUUGUCUACGCUACCUCGAGAUCAUGGUGUCAAGGUCGUUCUCACGGGUGAAGGAGCCGACGAGCAUUUUGCUGGAUAUCCCUACUUCCCUGCCGAGUUUCUCUGCGAGCCAGACCUCGCGCUGCCAGAUACGACACUCAGCUCUGACAACGAGCUUCGCGAGGCCAUGAGACAGACCACGGAUGCCGAGAUGAGAGCCAUCUGGCGCAAUAUCGGUGCUAACCAGUACGACGGCCGGCUCGACCACCCCUCGCUUUCCGACGCGAACGCCCGGGGUAUGGCUGAGAGUAUCCUGGCGUGGCAUCCCACCCAGGGCCUCUUUGCACCCUGGGUCCAAUCCAAGUUCCAAGACCUCGACUGCCGGGCCACGCUUAUUACAUCACACCCAGCUUCUGUUCGCGCCAAGAUGCGAGGGCGCUGGCACCCACUGCACACUGCCCUGUACAUGUGGAAUAAGAGCUGUCUUGCCAAUGUCCUUUUGUCGUGUCUGGGCGACCGGACAGAGAUGGCACACAGUGUUGAGGCACGUACCCCUUUCCUGGAUCAUCACUUGGCCGAGUACGUGAACCGACUUCCUCCCAGCCUUAAGCUAUCGUACAAUCCCGCCGAAACAGCCACGCCAAAGCAAGGAGAAAAUCAGGGUCCCCUUUGGAAGACAGCCGGCUCUGGUCUUCACAGUCUUACUGAAAAAUGGAUUCUACGUGAGGCGGUAAGGCCAUUCAUUACUGAUGAGCUUUACCGACGGAGAAAACACCCUUUCCUGGCACCAACCAAAUGGCCUAAAGGGGGUCCUUUGCACCGCAUGUUUGAGACCCUCCUGACCAGACAGGCAGUUGAGGGCCUCGGCUUUGUGAACUGGGCCGCAGUUGAGCAUGCACUGCAAAAGGGAUUCGGCGACCAUGCUGAUCCGAAAGCGUUCCGUACUCUGAGUUAUGUGGCCGCAUGGGUAACGUUGGGCGAGAAAUUCGCGGUCGGACGAUCAAAGGUGAAUGGCUCCGCAUAA